CCCCUCUUUCUUUGCAUUUAACCUCAUAUCUGAUUAUCUUCCCUUCAAAUUUCCAUUAUCCAUCCAUGUAAAGAUCAAUAAUAAUUCACAAAAAAAAAAAAUAUCAUGAGAGAAAUCCUAGGCAAAGUUAAAGACAAAAUCUCUCUUUCAAAACUUGCACUACUUUCCAAACCAAGUUUCCUUUCUCACCACAUAGCUGUCCUACGAACCACGUCUCACUCACAAUCAUCUCCACCCAACGACCACCAUAUCACCACCCUCUUAUCCCUCGGUGAUAGCUCACGCGCCACCGCAUCGAUUCUUAUUUCUUCUUUAAUGAACCGGCUACACCGCACCAAAGACUCACAUGUUGCCUUAAAAUGCCUUUAUAUCAUCCACCAUAUUAUCAAACGUGGCCCUUUUAUUCUCAAAGACCAAUUAUCAAUUUUUCCAAAUACUAAUGGUCGUAACAACCUUAAAUUAUCAGGAUUUCGUGAUGCCACGUCAGCCAAAACAUGGAUUUUGUCGGCUUGGGUUCAAUGGUAUGCGUGUUAUUUAGAAACUAUGCUUUUUACGUCAAAAAACAUUGGUUUUUCAAUUUGUUCAACUUCCGGUAAUUCUUUAUUAGAAAAAGAAAAACUAGAAGAUUUGAUAUCUUCUUUUAUGACAAAUGAUUUAAUUAAAGAUUUUGGUUUAUUAAUUAUUCUUGUUGAAGAAAUAUGUAAAGUGCCCGAUAACUUACUUGUGGAACAAGACAAGUUAUUACAUGGUGUUAUGGACCUUUUGGCAAGUGAUUAUUUAUCAAUAGUGAACGAAAUUUUGUUACGGCUUAGUGAGUUUAAUGAACGAGUUGGGUUACUGAGUUUUACUGACUCGGUCGAGUUGUGUACGGGUUUUGAAAGGUUAUUAAGUUGUAAAAAGAAAUUGUCACAAUUGUUUUUGAUCCAAAAGCCAUCAAUUGAGACUCUUUGGGAAAUGACUGAAGACAUGUGUGACAAGAUUGGGAUGGUGAAUUUGAAGAAAGUCAAAAGGAGGGAUAGCGCGACUGAGUCGGCUCGGUUUGGUGACCGAGUUGUGAGAACGAGUGACUCCGUGAAGUUUUCGUCUGGUAGAUUGAGAUUGAACUGGUCUGGUGUUUGAUUUUUUAUUUUUUUAAAAAUUUAUUUUAAUGUA